UUCUCUCCGGCUACUGAGGGAGACAGACAGAAUGUCCCCCUCCAAGAAAAGAGUCUUCACUGUAUAUGUCAGAUACUGAAGCACGGCUCUGCCUACAGAUCAAGUUGCUGUUGCCAACUCUCGCGAGCUUUGUGACAGAAACAGUUGAUUAUAAUGUCAGUACUGUCCAAUUUACAGGCUUAAAGUAGCAGCCGCACGCUGCUUUUCACUGAAGUAUACAAAGAUUUUGACUCUUUUAAAAACUUUGUAAUAGAAAGUGAGGAUGAUGACAUGGAUCAAUGGAAUAAACAUCUACAUGAGAUUUCUGAUGUGGUUUCUUCUACUAUGUAUGUUUGUCAGGAAGGCGCAACCUGAAGAUGACAUUAUAGUUACUACUAAGAAAGGAAAAGUAAAAGGGAUUCACUUGCCAGUACUUGGGGGAACUGUGACAGCCUUCCUAGGAAUUCCUUAUGGAGAGCCACCCAUUGGUAGACUACGAUUCAAAAAACCAGAACCCCGCAACAAAUGGACAGAAAUUUGGGAUGCCACAAAACAUGCAAACUCUUGUUAUCAGAAUAUAGAUAAAACUUUCCCUGGAUUCCCUGGAUCAGAGAUGUGGAAUCCAAGCACUAACCUUAGUGAAGACUGCUUAUACCUCAACAUAUGGGUACCUUCUCCCAAACCCAAAAAUGCAACUGUCAUGGUAUGGAUUUAUGGGGGUGGAUUUCAAUCAGGGACAUCCUCUCUACCUGUCUAUGAUGGCAAAUUUUUGGCCCGUGUUGAAAGAGUCAUUGUAGUUUCAAUGAACUAUAGAACAGGGGCACUAGGAUUCUUGGCUUUACCAGGAAAUCAGGAAGCUCCAGGAAAUGCAGGUUUAUUUGAUCAAAGGUUAGCACUUCAGUGGGUCCAGGAGAACAUAGCUAUCUUUGGUGGCAAUGCUAGAAGUGUGACUUUAUUUGGAGAGAGUGCUGGAUCUGCCUCUGUUAGCUACCAUAUUCUUUCUUCUGAGAGCCAUCCUCUUUUUACAAGAGCCAUCAUGCAAAGUGGCGCUGCUAAUGCUCCCUGGGCUACAUUAACACAUUCAGAAGCAAGGAAGAGAACUUUGACUUUAGCUAAACUACUCAGCUGUUCAGGUAACAAUGAGACAAACAUAAUUCUCUGUCUCCAAAACAAGGAUCCCCGGGAUAUCCUGGAAAAUGAAGGUUCUGUUUUAACACACAAUUUUCUUCUUAAAACGUAUUUCUGUCCCAUAGUUGAUGGUGAUUUUCUCACUGAAAUGCCACAAACAUUGAUCCAGAAUGGGCUCUUUAAACAAACUCAGCUCUUAGCGGGAAUUAACAAAGAUGAAGGGUCAGCUUUUCUAGUGUAUGGUGCACCUGGUUUCAGCAAAGAUAAUGAAAGCCAGAUCAAUAAAACAGAAUUUCAAAUAGGUUUAAGUCAGUCCUUUCCAGAAGCAAAUGAACUUGGGGUGGAAUCAAUAAUUUUUCACUACACAGACUGGGAAGAUGAGAAGAAUCCUGACAAUUAUCGUGAUGCGAUGGAUGACGUUAUUGGGGAUUACAAUAUCAUAUGUCCUGUAGUGGAAUUCACCAAAUUUUUUGCUCAACUAGGAAAUAAUGUAUUCUUCUACUUCUUUGAACAUCGGUCCUCAAAACUUGCUUGGCCAGAAUGGAUGGGAGUAAUGCAUGGUUAUGAGAUUGAGUUUGUAUUUGGAUUACCUCUAGAAAGAAGAGUUAAUUACACCAAAGCUGAAGAAAUCUUGAGUAGGUCCAUUUUGAGAUACUGGGCUACUUUUGCGAAAACUGGAACUCCAAAUGGGACUCAGAUUAAUGGAACCAGAUGGCCAAUCUUCACAACCACUGAACAAAAGUACUUCACAUUAAACACUGAAACUUCAAAGAUAUAUACAAAAUUACGUGCCCAGCAGUGUCGAUUCUGGAAUGUAUUUUUUCCCAAAGUCCUGGAGAUGACAGGAAAUAUUGAUGAAGCAGAACGAGAAUGGAAAGCAGGAUUCCAUCGCUGGAACAAUUACAUGAUGGACUGGAAAAAUCAAUUUAAUGAUUACACUAGCAAGAAAGAAAGCUGUGCAGGUCUCUAAUUAAUAGCUUUACCCUUUCUAGAAUGUCCAUAUUACCAUUGAUCAAGGCAAACAUACAGGUAACUAUCCAACAUGAUUAACAAUAAACUUUAUUAUGUAAAUUAAACAAAAUGCCAUGAAUAUAAUAUUGAUUUCCCAGAUUUUUUAGUUGAUAUUCUACUUUGUAUCCCAAUAAACAAUAUAAGGCACUCAGAGUAUGUUUAAUAGGACUACAGAGAUUAAAGUAUGAAGAUUAAUGAUGUACAUAUCAUAAACACUAGUGGCUUAAAGUCUCACUUCAAGGAAACAUAGUAAUCUGUUACAGAAAAUAUAAAAAUUGAAAUAACAGUAUUUUAUAAUAUUGUCUGAGAAGCACAACUGAUGUAGGUCCUUAGAGGCAAUGUCAUAGCACUGUGAGUCUGAUGCAGUUGCAAUUUAGUUGACAGAAACAGAUGAUAACUUUUCUGGACACAACAAAUAUUUAACUGCUUGUUAAAUCAAAGGGCUUUUAUAAAGAGUUAUUAAACUUUGAAUAAUUGCUUCUUUAAGGCCCUGUCCCUGGAAAUUAUCACACAGCCCAUGUAAUCACUCAUUAGUACAGUAAAACUCUGACAGUCCAGCAUCCAACUGUUCGGCACUCCCAAUACUCCGGGAUCAAAAUGCCAAGCGCUCCUGACCAGCCGAUUAAAAGUCUGCUGCUCAGCACAUGUGCUGGCAGUAACCAGAGGGAGCAUAAGGCUGGGGGAGGGGGGAGUGGGAUCAUGUUACAUUAUGGAGAAG